AUGAGCUUGGAGGCAAAACGCCUGCCUAGGACUGUAGCUGGGGAGAGUGUGGUGUGGUGUGAAACAGGGGUGGUUGCGAAGCUGAUGGGCUUGGAGAUAAUACCGGUUCCGGUCAAGGGUAAAACGGGAAAAGAUAAGUUAGGGACUCUGCUCAAGAAAGAGCGUCUAAAGAGGAGAGAUCGGAUGCUGGACAUUAACAGUCGGAUUGCUCAGAGCACCGAAGCUUCUUGCUCGUCUGGAGGUUUUAACGCAACGAGACCUAUAGGAGCUGUUUGA